UGAAAAAGGAAAAUAGACCCACCAUGAAAAGGAAAAAGACCCCAAAAAAAACAGAGUGCAUUUGGCAUAGACCUUCUUGCUCCACAAGCAAAAGAAAACAAAAGAAAAAACAAAGAAAAACGAAAAGAAACAGUAAAAAAUGAUAAGCAAACAAACCCAUAGGGUUUGUGGGCUCAUAUGUAGCUACAAAAUGGACAUGAUAUCAGCAAAUUAGGUUCAUAACCACUCCACAAACUAAACCCCACUGUUAUAAUCAUUCUACCUUGCCAAUCAAGCCAUACUCAAGACCCACAUUCUAUAAAAUUCUUGCAUUUCUUUUUAAUCCUUCCCCCAACCCCUUUACUCAUAUUUUCCCUCUAUCUUCUAUUAAAAGAUGAAAGAAUUCAUGGAGAGGCUUGUCAUUCUACCCUUCUCCAUAGGCUGUGCCUCUCCCUCCAGCACUGCUGUUAAGGACACCACCCUAACCAAGUCCCCCACCAAUAAACCCCAAACACCACCUCUUCCAUCAUCAGAAAUGAAGAAUCCGUUCUCGCGGCCACCUAUUUCGAAGCCUUUGAUUUCCUCCGGCUUACACCGUCUAGUGAAGAGAUUCAAGAGCCUUACACAAAUCUUCAUGUAUAAAGAAGAGGAAUUGGUAGAGAUGGAAAUUGGGUUCCCUACCGAUGUGAAGCACGUCGCACACAUAGGGUGGGAUGGUUCAGGAACAGGUAUAAAGAGGUGGGAAGGUCCUGAAGUUCUUGCAUUUCCUUCCUCGGUCUCUCUUCGAGAAUUUGAGGCCGCCAUGGCCGCUCAGACAAAGGGUGAGAGAGAAGCAACUUAUGGUUGAUGAAAAAUCAGAAGACUAUGUAUUAUAGGAAAGAGAGAGAGAGAGAGAGAGAGAGAUUAACAGUUUUUUUCCUCUUAGUACAGUGGAAUUGGGUGUGUUGUUUAUGUCAAGAGAUGCUGAAAUUCCAGCACUGUAAAAUUCUUACACGACAAAAACAACAAAAAUGGGAAAUCCAAUGGUGUGCAGCUCAAUUUUGUUAUUA